GACUGCGCCCAAGCCACUGGUCCGGGCGCCUAUGUUAUCCAGAAAGCCAACGACUGGAUUGAGCUCUUCAAAAGCAAGAGCAGCUUGGCAUCCUUGCUCCAGAUCUUCCAAGCGCAAUUCCCGAACUCGCCCACCUGCGCCAAUGGCGGAGGGCGCUGCCAGGCACCUCUACAACAGAAGUUGGACGCGGCCGUCUUCAACGAUGUCAUGGACACCUUGACUGCCUACAUGCCACCGUGGGUUGAUGAGUCUGUGUUUGAGAAGGCCAGGAAGAAUUCCCAGUUCAAAGGAAUCUCCUUGUUUGGCUUCCUGGGCACCAUGACCUAUGUUGGCGCAGAAUACCAAGCCGUAGGAACUUUGCGAGCUGGUUUUCGAGGCAAGCGCUCCAUCACCAUUGCCAACUUCGAUGACUUGUGGCGGUUCCUGCCAGAUGAUGUCCUGAGCCAGAAAAAAGGCAAUUGGUCUGAAGCCUACACCAUCAUCAACUUCAUGGCGGAGGUGCUCAGCUCAAAGAAUGAUAUCGUGAAGUCCAUGCUGCAGAAGGAUGGCCUGUUCGAGACUGCCAUUGUUGAUGAAGGCGACGUGAUCUACAUUCCAAGCGGAGUGCUUGUGGUGGAGAGGGUUUUGGAUGGUUCCCCGUGCACUGGCUUGCGGCUGAGCGUCCCCGAUACUGAGUCCAAAUCGGCCAAAGCAAAUGUUUGCCGUCUGAUUAAAGAGCAUCAGGCGCGAAUCUCCAACCCAGAUGCUUCCCAGUUGUUGAGCCUCUGGAAAUUUUUGCGUGACCUUCCCGAAGCGGAGGAGUCGGACAAGUAG